AUGGAGCUACCAAAGCUGAAAUCAAGAAGAACGGGCAAUCGUAGUGCCGUUACCAGACUUUUACGAAAAUUUGCCGACGCAAAAGAAAGUUCUGAAUUCGACAGAGAGGAGCUGAUAGCCACAUAUGAAAAUCUACAAGAUUCACCCGAAAUCGUACAGACAAGUUAUACCACCCCGUCAUUGCCACAGUCAAAUGAUGCCGCUCGAAUUUUAACAGAGACAGGCCAAAUUGCCACAUCAAUUCUCACGCCAAGCUAUGCUAUCCCGUCCGCUAUAUCCAGCAAUCACCGUUUGCCAAAAUUAAUUUUACCUACAUUUAAUGGCAAUAUAUUAGAAUGGCAAAGCUUUUGGGAUUCGUACGAAUCAGCAGUUCAUUACAACCCAACAUUGACAGAUGUUCAAAAGUUUAAUUAUUUGAAGGCCCAAUUAGAAAACGAAGCCGCUCAGACAAUUGCCGGAUUUUCUCUAACUAACGCUAACUAUGCCGAAGCCGUAAAUGUUCUGAUAGAGAGAUUUGGACAGACUCAUAAAAUAACACAAGCACACCUACAAGCACUGCUUGCUAUUACGCCACCCCAAGAUGACCUCAUAAGCCUGAGAAUGUUUUAUGACAAAAUGGAGAGUUUAGUUAGAGGACUUGAAUCGCUUGGACAGACACAGGACUCAUACGGUAAUUAA